AUGAUCUUUCUUAUGGAAAAUAUUUUACAACUGAAGACUUAUUUCAAUGAAUCGAUCAAUCAAAUUUAUAUUUUCUUUCAACAAAAAACUUUUUCGAAGAAAAUUUUUCACGAAUUUUCCUCAAAAUCUUUAUCCACGAUCUUUCACAAUUCGAAAUUGUCGAUAAUGAAAUCCUUUGGAGAAAUUUAUCAUUUGAGAGAAUUUAAUGAAUUAAUUCCAAAUAUCUCUGAGAAUUUCAAUUCUUUAAAUUCUUCUUUAUCAAAAAUUGAAAAUUUCAAAACCUUUUUCAAAGAAUUUACAAAAUCAUUUGAUGAUUUCUUUAAUUUAAAUGGCAAAUUUUGUUCUAUGAUGGACAAAAACAAUGAGAAUGAGAUGAAAAAAUAUUUUCUUGAAAUCAUUUCGUCAAUUGAAAAUGAAAUGAAGUUUUUUGUGGAAAUUUUCAAUGAACAAAUCUUAAAGAAAAUCAAUUGGACUUUCUUUCAUGAAAAUCUUCGUCAACAAGUUCAUUUUAUUUUUUCAUUCAUUUCAACUUUAUCAUUAAUUUUAAUUUCUUUAAUUUUAUUUCUUCCAUCGUUUUUCAUUUGGAUUUUUACACUGAAUUCACUUUGUUUUCAAUCGAAUUCCAAAUCAGAUCUUCAUCAAUUACAAACAAUUUCAUAUGAACGACAAAGAUAUUCAACACAUCAGCACAGAAAUCAUCGAUCCAAAAGACAAAUUCGUAAAAGAAAUGCAAAUCGAUCUUAUUCGUUAACAUUAAAUAAUUUCGUUCGUGGAAAAUCAUCGAAAAUUUCCUCAUCUUAUUGUUUGAUUUGUUCAAUUCGAAUUUCUUUUACAAUUCUUUUCAUUUCCUCAAUUAUUCUUUUAUUAAUCAGUUCGAUUUUCUUUGCUUUGGACAUGUUUUUCCAAAGUUCUUGUCAUUUAAUUCACGAAAAACAACAUGUUUUGAUUUCGUACAUCACAGAAAAUUUCUUGAAAUCCAUUGAUGAAUUUAAUGUCAAUUCAACAUUGACGAAUUUAAUUGACGAUUGUCGAAAUGAAAAACAUUUUAGUCAAAGAUAUUUGGAGAAAUUUUCAAUCGAAUUCAAAGAUGAAUUUUCUCCAAUGUUAAAGAAAUUUAAUGAGAAAAUUUAUAAACAAUUUCAAAAAUCAAAGGAAAUUCAAAGUAUUUCAUCAAAUAUUGAAUUAAUUCGGAAUUUUAUUCAUUUAAUUCCUUCGGAAAAUCUUCAAAAUCGAUUUUAUUCCAUUGAAAAAACAUUUCGACAAGUUCAACUUCUUUUUCAACAAAUUCUUCAGGAAAAUUCUCAUUUAUCAAAGAAUUUCUUAACAAAAACAUUUCAUCAAUUGGAAAUUUUCUUUGAAAAUCUCAUUGAAAGUAAUUUGGAUUCAUGUCCAUUACCAAUCUUCGAUCUAAUGAAAUUAGAUGAAUCAAUUUGUCAUCGAACACUUGAAAAAGUCAAUGGUUUAUGGUUCAAAAUUCUCUUCUUUAUUUUUUCAAAUCUCAUUUUUCUUUGUAUUUUUGCUUUUUAUCUCUUUAAAAAGAUUUUUUAG